GUUGGACAAGGUUGGAAGCAGUUAAACAAUAAAUCAUUAAUUAUUUUUUACUAAAAAAUAAAAAAACAUUAUCCAAUAAAUGCUUCUAUUUAUUUAUUUAUGUUCAUAAUUUAAUAUAUUAUUUAUACUUUUACAGAUUUAUUUUUGUUUUUGUUUUUACGUAUUGUUUCAAGCAAGGGGCAACAGAAGAGGGAGCUGAAGAUGCACGUUCAAUGAGAUAGUGUUCAGGUUCGGACAGAAGGAAGGCAAGGGGUUGAUCUGAUCGGAGGCAGAGCAGCGAGGGAGACAAGACUUACAUGGCUGCAGUGAUCAAAGGCAGCGCGGUGAAGGAGAGGCCCCAAGAUGGGUCUUUGAAGUCCAAGGUUGAUUCCUCCGUCAACAAGAAGAAGAUUGAGACCUCGAGCAAACAGCCUCUCGAUACAAAGCAUAAAUCUGGGUCCUCUCUUACCAAAUCAGAGGUGAAAACAAAAACAUCAGCGAUGGGUUCAUCAAAAAUCACGACAACGAGUUCAUCAAAAACCACGACAACUAGUUCAUCAAAAAGCACCACAACAAAAACUGUUAAAAAGAGAGAGAGGAAAGUUUUCGGUUUGCCUGGGCAGAGAUAUGACCCUCCAGAAGAGAGAGAACCCCUAAGAAUAUUUUAUGAAUCGCUGUCAAAGCAGAUACCAUCAAGUGAAAUGGCAGAAUUUUGGUUGAUGGAACAUGGCCUCCUGUCCCCUGAAAGGGCAAAAAAGGCACACGAGAGGAAGCAGAGGAGGCAAAAAGAACUCCGGAUGGGAACUCCUAUUAAAUCUCCAAAGCUGCCCAGUAAACCUGACACUUCGCAAAAGCUGCAGCAGGCAUCCAAGAAUGGUGAUGUCAAAGCAAAGAAAAGAAUCAUCUAUGAGAGUGAUGAUGAUGAUGACUUCAUUUUAAGUUCUAAGAAGAGGAAAGGGCAACAACUUGUCAGGCCUGAUGAGCUGCUGGUGCACUCCCCCUGCCCAUCUCAUCAACAAGUUGAUACUGUGAUGCACGCCAACCGGUGAAGAAGUUGAAAAUCGAUAGUUAUGAAGAUGUGCCAUCUAGUCUGCUAGGCUGCCGACAAAUUAGUUCAAGAGAAAUGGCCAAAUACAUAAAAGGGCAAUACAUAAUGUGUGGGGGAUAAACCGAUAAGGGCUAGCUUUGGGGUUAAUCAUCAACUCAGAUGUUUUGGGUCUGAUUUUCUCACAGGAAAAUUGUGGGGAGGACUGGUGGCUAUUCAAUGUACGCCUUUACUGUUGAAUCCCUUUGCUAUUUAAUAAUUAGUAAAUAAAUGCCUGCUUCCUUUUUGUACACAUUGAGGAAUUGAUUUGAAGGAUUUGAAAUGAAUGGAUGCCCUAAAAACCAGUACUCAAGAUCCAAGGAAAGGCCAGCGGGUUGCUGCUUACAUUUGACAAUAAAUAGGCAGUCCCCACUGCAUGAUGUAUGCAGCAGGUAGGAGAAUGAAGUCCCCUGGCAUGGCCUGUACUUCUGAUUUUCUGCAAGGUGGUGAAACUUCCAAAGAUGGUCGGGAUGAGGAGAAGUCUCACCAGAGAAAGAUAUCGUAGCAGAUGCUUGCCUAAAGCUUACUACAUCUUGCAAUAUAUGUACAUGUAUGAAUAAAGACUAAUGUUUUACUGCACGGAUGGGAUGAUUCAAGUGGGAUUUCCUGUAAUAGGCACCCCACCAAUUUAGUUAAUUGAAACAUUCUGAUGGAUUUUAACGAA